UCUACAGAGAGUUGUCAUUUUUGUCUACAAAAGUCUGCAGGGGCAGACUGUUUACAAAGAACAGUUAUGCCAGAGACUCAACUAAAGCUGAGUUUAGCUUCCAGUUCUACGUUCUUGCUCGAAGACACCCGUCUAUGCGUUGUUCUUGUUUUCCAGUUGGCAGUGUUACUUUGUUUCAUUUUUGGUGUGGAUCUUUCUUUCCUACAUUGACUGAACUGGACUGGAUUCAGCAGCCACAGAGAACGACUGAAGUUACAAAGAACAAUGCACAGUGUAUAUCCUGAUGACGCUUUGUGUGCAGUGACAUGGUUUUUACAAUGGCAUCUGAGACUGAAAAGGCCCAUGCUCUUCUCCAGACUUUCAGCACAGCUUCAGUGAUUUCUAGUCUGUGUUUGGGAAUGUUCUGCUUUGUAGUGGACAGACUUUUGCAGUUUUCCUUCAUUCAGCAAAAUGACUGGCUUCGAGCCUUCUCUGAUAAUGCAGUGCAUGGUAUACUAGGAAUGUGGUCCUGGGCAAUAGUGAUUGGUCUCAGGAAGAAAAGUGACUUCACUGAAGUCACUCUGGCAGGCUUCCUCUCUUCCGUCAUUGACGUGGACCACUUCUUUCUUGCUGGCUCCCUGUCAUUAAAGGCUGCUCUGACUCUUCCACAAAGACCACUUCUUCAUUGUUCUACUGUGAUUCCUGUUGUGGCUCUGACAUUAAAGUUUAUUAUGCACCUUUUCAGGCUUAAGGACUCAUGGUGCUUUCUUCCCUGGAUGUUGUUCAUAUCCUGGACUUCUCAUCAUGUCCGUGACGGGAUUCGUCAUGGCCUCUGGAUUUGCCCACUUGGAAAAACUCCGCCUUUGCCGUAUUGGCUGUAUGUGGCAAUUACAGCAUCUUUACCUCAUCUAUGUUCAUUUAUUAUGUACUUAACAGGCACUAGAGAAUUAAUGUCUAUAAAACAUGGAAUCUACAUUGAUGUAUAAGGAUGAGGUAUCUUAGAAAUUGUUUAUAUUAAAACAUAAGCUAUCUGUUUAUCACUGAAAAGGUUUCCCUAUGUUUGCAAUGACUUCUGAGUUAGGCAUUUUAAGCUUAUGGAGAUAGUGAAAGCUCCAGUGUCGGUUCCUUGUGGCCACAGAAGUACAUUUCAUGAAUGGUAAUAAUGUCAUAUCUAUGCUUUGCCCUUGUAAAAUGUGUUUCUUCCGUUGUAGUUCCUGCAUAGCUAGCCGAUUUAUAAAGUACCCGAUCUCUGUAGUGAUUAAAUUUCUUAAAUUCUGUUCUUACUAUCAUGGUGCUGUUCAUGUGAUCACGAUUCACUUUGGAUUUAUGUCCUGCCUUUGAAUAACACACUUCAUCCCUGUAACAAGAUAGCGUUUGUAUAGCACUUUGAAAAUGUGAAGUACUGUAUAAAUGCUAAGCAUUAGUCAGAAUUUAUUAGUGUCUAUCACUUCUGAGAACUAUCAGUUAGACUUUUUAGUAACUUAUUUGUUUUCAUGCUGGACUCCUCUAUUCAACUAUUUUAAAAAAUGGUGUUUGUAUUACACAAUGUGCAACUGCAUAUCUGCACCUGUUUGAACGCUGACUGUCUUUAUACAGUCUUUAUAUUGAAUUCUAUUCCUUCAUAGUUGCUUGAUACUCAAUUUGCAGACUAUUAUUAGCUAUUAUUUAUGGUUCAAAAGGAGGGAACAGUUUGAUUACAGUACUGUGUGUUGACCAAAGUGUUUGAAAAUAUACUGAUUAUGAAUAUUAUUUAAAAUGGAACUAAGAACUUUUAGCUUAAAUAUUUAAGGAUAGUAAUGUAAAGGCAAACUUGUAUUUCAGUGAAAUACAAGCUUUAGGGAAGGUUCAGUAAGAUGCAAGAAAAUUAAAAUUGCUCAGAUUAUGAGAUUGCUUUAGGACCUUACUACUGUAUUCAUCUUGUAUGCAGCAUUUUCCAUUCAGUGCAAUAUUGUCCUUAUUAUUGCAAAAUGAAAUGCAUUGUUAUUAUACUGAGACAGAAAUUUCCUUAAAAAUUAAGUUCCUUAAAGAAAAAUGUGAUUGUGUUACAGCUUCAUAAAAAUAGUAGCAAUUUGCACUCUGGGCUAUUCAGAAUAACAGUUUUAUGAAAGUUCCUCAGAAAAAGUCCCAAAGUAAAAGGUCAGCUCUUGUCUAGUUGACAGUGUGUGAGCUGAGAAGUGUCUAUAAUGGCUAUUUAAUUAAUCUUUUUAUUCAUUUAAUGGGGCAAUGGAAUUCAGGCUAUGGGACCUAAGUUGUUCCAGUGUAUGUGAUGAAUAGCUGACAGAAACGGAGUGUUUUUGUAGAGGAGCAUAUAUAAUCUUAACGAAGAGUGUAAAAACUUAGUGACGCUUUCACAUUUAGCAUUACUUAUAUGGGUGAGUAUAUAUUAGGAUAAAGUACAAAAAAAUUAUAGGAAAGAUUAACUGUGAGGGCUGACUUAAUAGGUACAACAAACCUUCCUCGACAGCUGCAAAGUACUGAAGGCCUCUGGAGCCCACUAGGUUGUUUACAGAAAGUGUUGAACCAUUUAAAAAUGUGCCUUCCCUCAAAAAGAAUGGUCUCUGCCCUACUUGUUUUUCAUGCAUAGCUCCAUGCUUUGAGAAACUUGUCUUGACAGUACAAUGGGCCAUUUAUUUUAAAAUGAAUAAUUAUUUAGGUUUUUUCUUGAAUAGAAAAUUAGGGAAGCAGAACAUUCCUUAAAGAAUUGUUCUUAUGCAGUGGUUCUCUUUUUUUUUUCUUUUUUACAGCAUGGAAAAGUUUCCGUAAACAACAUCACAAAUGCCUUGCUUUAGCACCCUCAGAGUAGGAACUUGAUAUCUGUAUUUUGUCCAAAAGCAUGAUGGAUUACUGCAGCAGGAGUAUUGCUUGUUCAUUUAUUUUUAACGUGUGUUUUAAAGUAUAGGCUACCAAAUGACAAUAAGCGAUAUCUUUUGGGAAGAAGUGAGCGCUUAAAUCCAUGCAGAAAAUUUUCUGUAUUCUUGUUUUAUGGCAAAAUAUUUUUAUAGUUUUGUGCUUUAUUCAGAUUUGUAGCAGAGUGAAGCAUACACAGGAGCAAAGUGGGGAGUUACAUUUUCUUAUUUCUAGGUUGUCAUUGCAGCAUUUUUUAUGGUAGCUGUACUUCCACCAAUGGUCCUUAAACUCAUACUUUUCAGCAGAGCAUCAUGCAUCUUACAGUAAUAAUCUGUUGUUCUAGCUAUAUUUAAAGAUCAGCUCAUGGGGGACAUCUCCAGUAAUUUAAAAAUACAUAUUUCCAAUUUCUGUAUUUCUAGAGUUUCUUUUGCAAAAAUGUCCAGCUAUAUUGUAAACUACUCUAUUUUCCAGUCAUGUUCUUAUACCGCUUCUACCACUGCAGUGAAUGAACAUGUAAUAGAAAUGUGUUAAGGAAAAUAGCAAACAUUUGACGUGUGACUCGUUUCUCUCUCCCUCUCAACGCUCACUUCUCCUUCACAGAGUUCUGUGUAUUUUUAUGUGCACGCUGCUAUCUGUUGCAUUAGCAAAAACAGCUUGAGGAAGCGCUCCUUGGACUUGGAACAGGAAGUAGAGGCACUUUGAAAGGAUCUUCGGUUUUGUGGGAAUUCAUGAUUUUGCAUGUACUCCUAAGAAAGGUGUGCAUGAGAUUAAUAGAUAAAUCCGAGAUAAGUGGGCUUUGCACAGGAGACCAGACGUGUCAGUCUCACUCCUCAUCCUGACAUUUAGGCAAGUUUAUUUCAGGCCAUUGACAGCUUUUUAAGAUUUUUUUUUAACAGUUUUUUUUUUUUUUAACAGACAUGUUGCAUGUGAUUUGCUGCAAUUUGUGGGUAGCCCAAUUAGAGAACAAAGAAUUGAAAUACUUGUUUCAGCCUACAUCACUUAGGAGAUACAAUUCCCUGUUACAAAUGAAUUUCCUAAAAAUGGCGUAGCACUAUUUCAUGUACAUUUCAACUGCGUUGAUUGAUCUAACUGUGUUAUCUGCCACUUUUAUACCAAACUGUGGCAAAAAUGCCCCAAAAGUAUCUGAAUGCAUGUAUUAUAAAAAAGACUAAAUGUGAAGCACAAAAAGCAUGUGAAUUACACAAAAAAGUAUUAACAAGCCCAAGCUAAUGAUUUCAUGUAUAAUGUGAAAUACUUAUUGCUAAAAUAUUACUGUUAUUUCAGUGCUUUGCUUAUUUUGCUCAUCUAAACUACUUCCAUAUAUUUUCAAGUUGUACUUUAAAAGUUGAAGAAAGUGUGAUUUUUUUGAACUGUGUUUUUUUAGAACUGUGUUGCUUUUUUCCUGUCUCCUGACAGUUCCUGAAUUGCUGUCAUAAAAGAUAGAUACUACUAAUUGCCAAAUUAAGAGAAAAAAGAUUGAAUGUUUCUUCUUCCCAAUGCUCCAGAAACAAGAUAAAGUUUCUUCUAAUACCCAGAGGCCUUAAUAGAAAAAGUGAACACAUUUUCUAUUAGUUUAUAUUCGACUUUAAAAUGUAAUCUAUGUUGUCAUAUGAGUACUGGUACCAUUUUUUGUUAUAGUGAAGUAUAUAGUAUUAAUGAUCAUGUACCUUUAACUGGAUAUUGAUAAGUGACUUAUCCGUAAUUGAUGUCAUGCUCCAAAGAAAAUGUUGGCAAGUUUGAAUUGCAUUGAAAUACUUGCACUUUCAGCUACCAGGCCACUGGUAUUGGCUUAUUUCCUUUGCUCAUGGAAAUAAAGGACCAGAAAAAUAUGGAGAGAGGGAAGGGAUUCAGGUUCAUUCUAAAGGAAAUGUUAAUGCAUAGUUAAUAAUCUUGAACAUGUGUAUUUUUACUCCAUCAGCUAAUGUCAGAAUGAAACUAAGUGAUAAAGUACAUCAAAAGAGUACAUUUCUGUUUAAGUAAUUGAGCCAACCUGAAUUCUGUCAAUUAUGCAAAUGUAUUCAUGUAUUGAAUGUUUCAGAAAAAAAAUAUUUUUUUUUUUUAAGUGUUGCAUAGCAGGAGGGUUGAUCAAAUGGUAAUUUGAUUCUACAACUUAGAUUUUGUUUCCAUGUUAAAGACAAACCUUGCAUUGAAACAGAGACAGUGCUGUCAGCUUAAAGUACGCUUUGCAUUCAUUACAGAAAAGGUAACAACACUUUUCCUCAAAAUACUAAACUGAACUUUUAUUUAGAUUCCCCAAAUUUUUCAUUAUCUACAUUGAAUCUUAAGUUUGAAUGUUGUAUUAUAAGUAACAUAACAUAGCUUUACAACAAACCUGCUAUGUAAAUACAAGUGCUAUUUAUCUUUAAUAUAUCACACAAUUUUUUUUGAUGCUUGCAUAAUCACUUUCCAUUUGCUACAUGUGUUUUCUUCGUGUAAUUUAGUAUUGAAUUUUGAUGGGGAAGGAGGAGUGUUUGUCUAACUGAAUAAGAAACCCGGCUGUGCUACCUCUUAAUUCUGCAACAAAGUUUUAGUGCAAUGUUAAGGAAGUCCUCAGAAUAUUGAGAAUUAAUUAAAAGUGACCCUGUAUACCCUUGAUAGAAGUUUUAAAUAGAUUUCUAGGUAGUUUGUGAAGCCAAAUUUGUUUAAGCAAAUCCAGCUUAUGUGUGAAAAUGGGCAAAGGGUUUGUAUGUUGAAAUACAUUGAAAGAGUAAUUCACCAAGUCAGACUAUAUGCUAUGUUGCCAUAUCCACCACAGAAACAUUUUUUGUGUCCGGGGAAUGCUGCUAAUGUCCCUUGAGCCUUCCUCAUGUUGUCAAGUAAAUUAUUAAUUCAGUUUUACUGGAGUUUGGUCUUAGUCAUUUUUCCCGUUUAAAAUUGCUUAAUAUUCCAUAAGGGUUCCUGGACUGGCGUGUUGUCUUUAGCUUUAUGUGCUGUCUAUCCAUUCACAACAGUUUUUGCAAACAAACCAGAGAAACAUACCACAGUAGCUGUGAGUUUGGGUACAAGAACUGUGAUAAAGAGGUAAAGCCAAGGAUAAUAGACGUAACAAUGGCAUGAGGAAUUUACAACUUGUACCACAUUAAGGCUUAUUCUCUCAUUUAUUUUAGCAGACUGUUCAUUCCUAUGAGGACACUUAAAAAGCUUACAGAAUAUAUUGCUAUUAGUUUCAAUUUAACAGUUCAAUUUAAAUUGCUGAUAGUUAAACAAAACUAGAAUUAUAAGCCUGGUCAGAAAUAAAUAGUUCUGUGUAUUGUUGCUAGCAUAACCCCCAUAGCCAGCUUUUAAGUUAGAAACAGUGAAAAGGUUUGGAUUUAAAAAAAAAAAAAAAAAAAAAAAAUGUUUGCACUAUAAAGCUGUAAGUGGGGAAAAGAAAUGCGGAACAGAUUUGAUUAUCUAGUUCAAACAUGGCAUAAUUUAAAUUUGCACAUAUAGGCAGAAACGGAUUUGUGCUACUCUGACUAAUUCUAAGCUAAAGAUUUAUUGUAUACAGGACUGAAAAACUUAUCUGAUACGUUAUGAUUUGUUGAUGUGAAACUCUAUGGAUCACAUCAUUCUUUGCCUUUUUUAUAGAUUGUUUUGUUGAGAUAUUACAGAAAGUGUUUGGCCUGAAUGGAGAAAGUUGUUUAUUCCCGGAAACUGAGGGAGAGAAGGCAGCGUUAUUUUAUUGGCAGAGCAAAAUUGAUGUUCCCUUACAGCAAAGUGCAGUAAACUUCCUGAAAACAGUACCUACUUGUGAUAAUUUUCUGUUAUAACAUGAUGCUUCUUUUUGCAAAGGAUUUUUACCAAAUACGAAGAAGGGUUAUGAAGUUGGCAGUGCUUUUGUCUGAGUACAUAUUCAGUAAAUCAGUUUUUCUGUAUAAGUUUGUUCAAUCCUUACAGACAACCCAAUAUUCUUGAAAACGAGAACCGAGCGCUCCAGGUAAAACAUGAUUGCAGGCCCUCAGUCUGUUUUAGUUUGCUGGGGUUUGCAUCAGCCAUAGCGCAAGCAGGAUUGCUGUGUGAAUUCCCCAGGUCCUGGCAGCUCUUCUUCUUGCCAUCCUGUCCAAUAGAUCUUUUGCGUCUUUUAAGCCAUGAAGAACUUGGGAACAAAGACUGCCAAACUGCACUUUAUUGUUUACGUGUAUGAUAUGCACCCUGUCCAGUAAGGCCUAGAGUAAGAUCAGUGGCAAAAUUCAGAAACAAAAGUUAGAUAUAGUUAGGAUAUAGUUAGGAAGUAGAGAAAAGAAAACUUUGGCGUACACUACAUAAUUAAUGGUCAAGAAAGAGUGACAAAAGAGUGAUGCUCUUUGCUUGGUAUUUUAGUAUUUACAAAAACAGUGAGACAAAACCAAAAUAGUGACUUCUACCUUUCUUGGUGGCAUAGUAUCUUAAAUAAACUUAUCUGGCUUGUUAAGUUUGGUAGUCUGUCUAGAAAACACCUAGGCUUUCUCUUGGUUUUCUGAAGAGUAACACACCCACGCUAUUUUCUGAUGCUUCUGAUGGGACACCUCAGUUUCACAUGGAACUGUUGUUUUAAGUGACUGGAUUAAGGCUACAGAAAAUCCCCCAGAUAAAAUCUGUCACUUCUUGUUAGAAAUUGAAUAUAAAAAUAUUUCAGCUGAAAAUAAAGGUAUUUCCAUCUGAAAGCGCUUCUGUGAGUACUUCACAGGAGUUAUAGUAUGGGUGCUUCAGGCUCCCAUCUUUACUGAAUUUGAUUGCAGAUCAGGUUAUACUUCCUAUCGUUUGUCAUGAUUUCCUGUUAUUGGAGAAGGAAACCCUCUCUUCAGGGAAUGUUUUAUCCAGCAGAUAGUUUUACCUGGAGGGAGACAUGGAAAAGUGAAGCAACGGAAUGCAGUUCUCCUGCGGCACUUCAACAUCACUUGUAGAUUGACACGUUUCCGUAAAGGGACGAUCAGCUUUUUUAAAUGAAUUGUAACAUUUUUAAUACAAACAUUUAUUGUAAAAUUAGACGAUUUUCUUCUCAACAGUCCCGAAACCAGGAAUAUCUCUUUAAAAGUUUUAGUAAUUUCAGUUAUUAUCCUCAUAUUUAUUGUGGCUGAAAUUUUCAAUGCUAAGUCUUUGCUUCAGUGUACAUUUCUUUGAAAAAUGUAACUUGCUAAGGUUGUUUUUCUUGUAAAAUAUGUUUUCCCUGCACUUUUUAAAUAGCUUCGGUGUGUGGAGAGUUGGACUAGGAAUAUGAAAUUUGUUAAAAGAUUGCUCCUUCUCUUUCCAGUGAGAGUUGACCUAGAUUUUUCCAUUUAUAAUCUGCCUUAGAAGAGGCUCUACUUGGAUAACCUGUAGUGGAGCUUGUUCCGUGCACUGUCAGUCUCUCUCAGUGGCAAUAUAAAAAAGUUCAUCACUUGUGGUUAUCAUGCUAAGGGUUUAGCAAAGCAGUUAAAAAACCUCUGGUAGUAUUCUGUGGCGCUGUCGUGGAGUUGUGGGUUGUACUUGCUGCUGCCAUCUGAACCCUCAGCGCAGAGGAGCGCUAGAGCGUUAGUUAAGGAGAACCAUGAUUCCCGUAGGUGAUGCACAGGGUUGCACACCUCUGCUGUUCCUCUGGGUGUUAUAACCUCUUUCUGUUAACAGUAAAUCUUGAGUUUCAACUAAGUAGUGUUUUCCUAUGAAUUUUUGCCACUGAAAGUCAUGCUGAAUGAUCAAAUUCUAUGCAAGCUCAUUUCAUAUAAGAAAACCAGUUUGGCUGUGACUAGAUUUACAACAAAAAAAGGAUAUUCUUCCUGUCUGUUUCAAAGGGAUAAUGUGUUAGCAUGUUUUUUUGUUUCUCUGUUGUCUGCAUUUACUGUGUAAGAAAUGCAGUAUCUCCUUGGUCAUCAAGAGUGUGAGCGUUUUUCCUAUUUUAUAGUGAGCAGAUGCAAUGGCUUGAAAAGAAAGAUGAGUACAACUUUUUCUUUUUUGCCAUUAGCAUGUGUUUACAAACAUUCUCCCACUGUGAUCACAAAAGGUAUUUAGUUAAAGAUGGGAAAUGGCUCAGACUAGGUAUAUACCAUUUCAUCAGAAUAAGUUCGAACUGCUUAUGCAAUAGACUGUAAAUGUACCUUCUCUGGAAAAUAAAAAUGUUGGAAAAUGA